AUGUCGGCGAUAUACAACCUCGAGCCACAGCCGACAGGUUCGGCGAUCAUCCACACGACCAUAGGGGAGAUUUCCGUCGAGCUCUUCGCGAAACAAACACCACUCGCGUGUCGCAACUUCCUCCAGCUUGCGCUCGACGGCUACUACGACGACACGAUCUUCCACCGGCUCGUCCCGGGCUUCAUCCUCCAGGGCGGCGAUCCCACGGGCACCGGGAAUGGAGGCGAGUCGAUAUUCGACGGCGGGGCCUUCAGCGGCGACCUGGACCCUUGGCCGAUGGACGAGCGCCGAGGCAAGAAUGCCGGUCCGCAAGGGGUCAACUUCAAGGACGAAUUCCACUCCCGGCUGCGGUUCAACAGGCGCGGUCUUUUGGCCAUGGCGAACGAGGGCCGGGCCGACACGAACGGCAGCCAAUUCUUCUUCACGCUCGACAAGACUGAGGAGCUGAACGGGAAGAAUACCCUGUUUGGGAGGGUCGCUGGUGAUACGAUCUACAACCUGAUGAAGAUCGGGGAAUCUGAAAUCGCAGAAGGCACCGAUCGGCCCUUGUACCCCGUCAAGAUCCAGCGAAUCGAGAUCCUCCUCAAUCCGUUUGAUGACAUGAAGAAGCGGACCCGGGUUGCUCCCCAACUACAACAGAAGGCCCCAGCGGCAAAGGAUAAAAAGAAGAAGCGCAAGGGCGGGAAACAAUUGCUCAGCUUCGGGGAUGAUGAGGGUGACGAUGAUCUACCAGUACUUAAAAAGGCAAAAUUCGACACCAGGUUAAUCGCGGAGGAGGAUUCGCAAGACAGUCCUGUCGUAAAGAAGGCUCCGGAGCCGGCCGCCCCCAAGAAAACACCAACCUUGAAAACGACGAAGCCCACAAAGCCUCAAGUCGACAGCGAUCCUGCAAAGGAAGGCUCUGAUAGUGGCGAGCAAGAAAAGAAAAAUACGAGCACUAAAAGUGCGGCAAAGGACCCAUCGCCAGAGCCUCCUCGACAAGCCAGCCCUCCGAGAAAGACCGCAUUACAAAAAGCAAACGAAGAAAUUGCUGCUCUUAAAGCAUCUAUGAAACGUACUGUGCAUAGUGAAAAGCCAGUUGAGGAGCGGAAAAAGACGGCGUUUGAGUCAAUGAUUCCAGAAACGUCGACCAAGGGGGGUCGAAAGAGAAGACCGGGCGGCAGUGGAAUUGACGAUCCGAAGACACUCCGAUUACUAGAAGCCUUCCAGUCCAGAUUAGACAAAGCGCCUCCAGAGAAGGAGCAGCAGCAGCCCGCAAAACCUGCGGAUGCGGAGGAAGGUGGAAAGGAACCAGAGGAGGGCGAGGCAGAGCUCUGUGAUCUUCACUUCAUUGCCAACUGUCAGAGCUGCACCUCUUGGGACAAGCAGGAAAAAGAGGACAGCGAUGAUGAGGGCUGGAUGUCGCACACAUUGUCAUUUGCGGCUGAUAAAUUGGGCAAGGAUUUGAGCAAUCGCAAGAAGGCAGAAGAAGAACUCGUCGUUAUUGAUCCUCGCGAAAAGGCGCGGGAGCUGAAGAAGGGGAAGCGAGCAGAUCGCGACGCAAGAGAGGGACAAUCAGGACGAGCUUGGGAUCAGAAGAGGGAUCAAGCGAGGAACGCGAAACUUGCACAGGCUGCCUCGCUAGCUGGGAGGGGAGCGAAAUGA